GACGGCGGCGAAUCGCCGUUGCAGUAUGCCACUGGCGACCUUCAUGAUCCAUGAUCUAUGGGCUAUGUAUGGCCCACGGUCCAUUUCUCUGCCCCCUCCCCCUGCCAUGAGUAUGGAAAAACGCAGGCAGCAGAAUGCAUGCACGAGCAAAGCAGUGUUGCUGCCAUCGCCGCCGCCGCCGCCGCCGCAGCCCCUCCUUGGAAGUUGUCCGUUGUGGUGGAGAUGGAUGCGGGACAAGAAUGUCGCUUGAAGCAUGUUCCCGCAGCAUCUGCUUGUGACGGCUGAGCGUUUCGAAGAUCUGGUCCACGUUGCAUUGGUCCCCCGGGCGUCCGCGCGGUAUGUUUAUGCCGGCCCCCAAGACUGGUCGCUAGCCAAGCAUUAGGCCCCCCCCUCAUCCUUACCUCUCCCCCAACCCCUCCCCCCCUCCCAUCCCCUCUCACCCUUUCCCGAGUGCUGCCCUGUUAGCUUUUCCAUACGACUUAACCGUUUUCGUAGGGUGUUCACGACGUCUGAACCUUCCCCCCGUGGGCUGAGCCGUCCCAAAUAAGCGAGUUCGAGGUUCCGACCUCUCCAUCGUAUU